AUGAAACGAACUCCUAUGUCUCUGCCAAUGAAUUUAUUAAUUUUUUUCUCCUGGUUUUCUUAUGGCGCAGUUCUUACUCAAGCAUUCAAUUGUUAUGAAUGUUGGAGUGUCAUGGUACCAGGUUGCGGCGAACCAUUCAAGUCAGAUGCUGCUGGUGUCACUGUAAAGUCUGCUACUUCGAACCAGAGUUGUAUUGCUUUGCGAGAAACUCAUGUAGACGGAAAUGAAGGCAUUGCACGAGCCGUGGUUGACCUUACAGAGUGCACUUUUGGUAAGAACAAAUGUCAAAUUGAACUAAACGGCGAUGUCACGAAAACUACGUGCUGUUGUUCAUCAAAUUUAUGUAAUGGCUACGUGUUUUCUACAGAAACUACAACUUUAAGUCAUUCUGCCAGUUGUUCUAUAUUUUUGCAAGGAAUUCUAUUAAUUUUCAUGUUAUUUCUUCCUUGCAUUAUAUCUUAA